GCUGAAUAUGUCACAUAAAGAAAAGGAAAUGCUAGAAGUUGGUUAAAGAAAGGAAACGCAGAGCUAGUCUACUGAAAAUAACUAUGGCUAAAAUCCAAGGAAGUGGGCACUACUUGAGCUUAACUGGUGAACUGAACUGAUUGCUCAAGAGAAAAGGACUUUUCUCUGUUUGGACUCAAGCUGACACUUGACAGAUCAAUCCUGCUAACACAUGUCCUUCUUGGAAGCAAACCUGAUGGUGAGUUGUCUUGAGAGUGAAUGCAGGAGUAUUUUUGAAGAAUUAGGCAGCCAAAGUGAUGAGUACCUUACUGCACGAGUUUUUAAAACAAUUACUAGAACAGCUCUCUUUAUAUGAUUUAGAUAUUGUGAAUUUGUUCACGGCGUGAUGGAACCAAAUGUUUACAAAAUACAUCAUAAAAUACAUAGUUGAAUUCAUCUAAUGAGCUUAUACAUUGAUAAAAUACAAGUUGUAUUUAUGUAGAAGAAAAAUGACAGUUAUGCUAAUCUCAGUUAUUUUCUUUUGCCCUUAGUUUCUGAAGGAAAAGUGAUGUGUCUUGUGUACUCCCUUAGUUUGUCAGGUUUUGGACUAAAAUGCCAGUGGAAUUGUAGCAGACUGGUAUGCAUGUGUUAAACAGUCUGAAAUGGUGCUGUGCCACCUGCAUUUUUUUCCCCCCCACAAGGUUGCUAAUUCUGUGAACUGUGUUACAUCUUAAAAAGGAGUUGUUACAGAGGGAAGGAAACACUCCAGAUAUUUUUUUUCCCACUACGGAGAGAGAUGGUUUUUGUAUUUAUUGUUUUUUCCCCUUUUUUAAUGUUCAUAGGUUUUUGUAACAAUUUCAAUGAUAGGAAAGAACUCAAAAUGGAAUCAUAUUUCAACCUUUUCCUGCUGUUGACUGGGUUUGUAGGAACUUUUUUCCUUGUCAGUGUUUGUGACCUGAGCAGUGAAAACACCUUUUCUUCAGACACGUUUUUCCUUUUUUCUUGCUGUACAUAUCUCAACUUCAUUUGGUAAAAUCCCCCCAGAUUUCCACCAGAGCUUCACCAUCAUCAUUGUCAGUCUACACUUUGUUGGUAAAGGAUUUACCCUUUCAAAUAAUUGUUGCAAGUUCUGGACAUUCUGGUACACGCUCCACUGUGUGCUGUCGAUGUGCUGACCCUUGUGUAUGGUCUUCAUAUUUACUCAUGUAGAAAAAGUAACUGGAGUUUUAGGGAAAUGGAAACCCUUUCUGCGAGUAUGAGCUAUUUCUGUUUCAGAGAGCUCACUGCAGUUUUUAGAGAAAAGUCCAGGUACUUUGAGCAUCACAAUUUUAGGGAAAUUAUGCCUCUUUUCUGCUGUUCCUUUUUAACCUUCUAGAAUCUGCAUACAAAGAGUUGUGAAAGAGUUGAAGUUGUUUCUGAGCUGUUUUUAGUUUAGUUACCUCAAAAUAUUGAGAUCUUAAACUUGGUUUUUAACAACUGGGGAGAACACUUGACUUGGCAACAGAUGUGAGGGGACAUUGGAUAGGCUCUAGAUUUUUAAAAAAAUUUAAUAAAUUGCAUAAUUGAGAUUCAGCUCGUGUUCUUGGAAUUCUAAAUGGUCCCUUCGUUAUUUAAAGAGGUGGAACGCUGACUAGCUGUAGAACCUGCAUGUCAUCAUCAUCUGUUUUUCAGUCAAAGCUCGGUGAAUGAUAAAGAGCUCUCUGGGUAAUUGAGUGCUGGACUCCAAUUGUCUCUGGACCUGAGUUCUUUGGUACCUGCUAAUGUUUGAUGUAUGUCAUCUGUCAUUCUCUAGUUAUGCCAUGGGUGUGUCUUUAAAUGCUCUGUUGACCUCUAAAUGGACAAUUCAGUGUGUAAGCUUUGCUUUUAUAUUUUGAGCAAAGGUUUUUAAAAGUUUAAUAUUUACAACAAAAAUUGUUUAAGUUUUGCUUCUGCAUUAAACAUUUUGAAGAAAGGCAUUGGUAAAUUGAAUGUUGAAGGCAAAAAGGGAAGCCCUCUCUUGGUUUUAUGCCUGUUUUAAUGAAGUUUCAUACAUAAUAACUACUCUUAGGAGUAAAAAUGAUCUCCCAAAAACCAUGUUAACAGUAAAGAAAAUAAGAUUAGAUCAGGGGAGUGCUGGACUAGUGGAAUUUGAUUUAACAUCAUGACAGGAAGGAAAUUUAUCUCUUGCAAAUGAGGGCAAUUGUCAAGCUGGCUGAUGAUCAGGAAUAGUUUUCAGUAGCAGCUGAUUCAAAUUUACAAGUAUAAAGACUGACUUGGAGAAAAACUUUCAGACAGUCCAUUUUAAGCAGUAAUUGCAAUUUACUGUUGCAGCUGUUGCUGCAGUUUGUGAACUUCUUUUACCUGAGACACCUCAGUAAAGGCUCAAGGCUUUUGUCCUCAGCUCACUCUUGUGCCUACUGGAAUUUACAAUCAUUUCCAUAUUAACCUUUGGCAGCAGCUGACAGGCCAAGACAGACUGUUUCUGAAGAUGCUCUUCUACUGUUCUAUAUUGCUGUUUAUGUUAUUAUCUGCAGUAUUUGGUUUAGUAUUUAGUACUACACUUUUGCAUAAACUGCAGUGGUUUAUAAACACUGUCCAGAUUGUAGGAAAUAAAAAAUGGGUUUAGGAUUUCCUCGAAACACAUUUGAAAAUGAAUGGAAAGUAACAGGUAAUAAUGGCUGCUGACUUUAUGGAAAGAGUUACACAAAUUUGGUUCUGAAUUAUAACUGCUGCUUUUUAAAUAAUACACUGUAUAGUAGGAGACUUCUAAUAUAAUAUGUUGAAUACUUUAUUAGGAGUUCAGUGCUUCAUAGGGAAUAAAUAUGGAGUGAUAUUUGAUGAAUCUAAAAGUAGAUAAUUGAUAGUUAAACCAAUCACUGCAAGAUGAUAAAAUACUGUAUAAGAAGAAUUUGGUUGAUGUUGAUUUUAGUAUAGAACAGCAAUCUUCUCUUAAUUUUCCAGAUCUACUUUCCCUCUUCCCUCUGCCUUAUUUAGUCGGUGACAGCAUUUUUCCACAGUCCAACAAAUGUGCAGCUGGCUGCUUUUCCAGCCAUGUGUAGGCUGCCCCACACGCUCUGCCAGCAUCCCUGCUGCCAGUCCUGCAGGGUGCCAGGUCCUUCCUCGUUCCAGCAAUGCUGUCCUGGGGACUUCACUGCCUCAGUCUGCUCUGGCAUCUCUGCAGUAACUCCCUGCUCCAUAAAACCUUCCCAGACAUCCUCUCCAAGAUUCCUCAAGCUUAGAUAGUUAAUGGUGUCUCUUGUGAGGAAGUAUAUCUGUUCCACCUAGUAAUAGUUGCUAAGCAGGACAUUUCUUUUAGCCACAUGUCAUGUCAGCCCUGCCUGCUUCAUUACAGACCAUCUAACAUGAGAUGUUAUUGUUCUAAUUUUUUUUCACCUGAGAACACACACAUUUUGUGCUGUGUUGCACUAGUACUGCUGUUCUCCCUUUUGCACAAUUAGGUGUUGUAAAGAUAAUAGAGAAUCUCCUGCCAUACGUAUUUUAAAAUGAACCAGAAUAGAUUUUUUUGUACACAACAGGAUCUUGGAAGUUUUCUGACUAUUCACAUUGGCAAGAAGGGAAGAGGUUGGCUUGGACUCUGGUAUUAAUUUCCAGGGUUCUUCAGAUGAGAAAUUGGAACAAGUUUUUUUUUUUUAUUUGGUUUGGUUAAAACAAAUGAGGCCUUAUUUGUAUAACUGUCUCAAAGUUAGAGCUGCUCUUUGGCCACAUCAUUUGUUUGACUCUCAUGUACAAGUUUGUUUUAUUUCCAGACUGCUUUUAUAGAACACAUUUUCUUUGACAUUUGAAGCACUUUUCAGUCAUUUGGCCAUUACUGAACCAAAGGGUGAAUUGGCCACUUGUUCCCAUAGCCUUUCCUCCAUCUUUUCCCAAGACAGUUUUCUGUCUCUUGCAUCUCCCUGAUGUUGUUAGAUAAUUGUACAGUUUAAACUGCAGGUUAUUCUAAGCUGGUUCUGUGACUAAUCUAAUAGCUUUUGUAGUCACCAGAUAAAACGUGUAUGUUUCUGCAGAAACACAUUUCCUGUAUUUCUGAAUCUCACUUUGGAAUGGGAAUGUUAGGUAAGCAGUCAAGAUACAGUAAGUGAGAUUCAUGCUAAAAUAAGAUUAUUGUCUGCAGAUUGCAAAAAAGGAAUGCAUGAAGGAAGGAAGGAAGAAACUUUUCAGUAUUUCUUCAAUUUCUCAGAAUCCCUCUGGUGUUGCAGCCCUGAUUUAUAGGAUUGUCAUCCUUCAUUGCAGAAGGAUGUCAGCAUUACAGAAUACUGUCAGCAUUUCUGUGUAAUGCUAACAGUACUUUUACAGGUUUAAAGAGAAGUCUGCUGUUAAAGAGUACAAAGUAGAUAAAUCUAAAUAAUUUCUAUGACGUUCUCCUAAAUUUGAAAAGUUGCUUGUAUUGUGCUGUUUCAAAAGAGGCAUCCUAAGCUUUUGAAUCUUACAUACAAUAUGGGGACCCAUCAUGACAGCUGUGCCUAAGGAAGUUUUAAGAUUCAUAUGAUAGGAAUUGCGACACUAAAUUGUUUAUAUUUAGAGUGAUUUCAGCAGAAGCAGAAAUGAAGGGGGUAGGGAAAAAAGCAAGCACAGUUUGAAAGUGCCUUUCUGUUUGCUUUAGUGUGGUUUCUUAGGAUGUUCUUAUUUCCCAUUUAUUCCCAAGAAUGCAUAAUUUGUCAGCUUCAGAAGUAUUAUUUUGAAGAAUGUUAUGCAAUUCUGACAAUUUGUCUUGUUGACUUGACACAUAGUUGGGGUGGGAAGGGAGACUGAACAGGAAGGAAAGUCCUUGUUCCUGAGUGUCGUUGCUGCGUAGCUCUCAUAUCCUCGAGGAUCACCCGGACAAAAGCUGAGUCAGAGCACAGCAGCACUCUGCACUACAGCAAUGGCCCAGUUCAGGAUUUUGGACUGCAUGAUCAAUCACAACUGGAGUUUCAUAUGUAACCUGUACUGUGCAUGGAGCGAUCAGACAUCAAAAAAUAAAGAUGGGAAAGAGCAGAGUGAAGCUAUAACACCAUCGGAGGAGGAAGAAACUUUCUCUUGGCCUGGUCCUAAAACUGUCGUGCUAAGGAGGACAUCUCAGGGUUUUGGCUUCACCUUAAGACACUUCAUAGUUUACCCUCCGGAAUCUGCAGUUCAGUUUUCUUUUAAAGAUGAAGAGAAUGGGAAUAGACAAGGAAAACAAAGAAAUAGACUGGAGCCAAUGGAUACCAUAUUUGUUAAACAAGUUAAAGAGGGUGGACCUGCUUUUGAAGCUGGGCUGUGCACAGGUGACAGAAUCAUAAAAGUCAAUGGAGAAAGUGUUAUUGGGAAGACAUAUUCUCAAGUCAUUGCUUUAAUACAGAACAGUGACAGCGUAUUGGAACUUAGUGUUAUGCCAAAAGAUGAGGACAUCCUUCAACUGGCCUAUUCCCAAGAUGCCUACCUGAAAGGCAACGAAGCCUACAGUGGUAAUGCCCACAACAUACCUGAACCACCACCAAUAUGUUAUCCACGCCUGACAUCCACAGCCUCUGUUAAGGCACAAGCUGGAGACAAGCUCCCUUCUGACUUCUCACUGGGGAAACAGCAAGUCAGUAGACCAGUCCGGGCAUUGGCACAGCCAGAGAGGGCCUACAGAAUGGAAAUACAAGUGCCUCCAUCACCAACAGACAUUGCAAAAUCAAAUACAGCCGUGUGUGUUUGCAAUGAAACUGUAAGGACUGUUAUUGUGCCUUCUGAGAAGGCUGUAGAUUUGCCGUCUUGCAGAAAUAACCAUGCUGGUCCAUCACACAGGACAGAAGAAGUUAGAUACGGCUUAAAAGAUCAGACCAAUCUGAAAGCAUGGACCACAUCACCACCAUCCUUAGUGUCCACUGCCAUUGUACUUCCCCAGACUCCAAUAACAAGACCAGCUGAUACAACUGGAACAGUAAGUAAAUCUUCAAAUUAUGUAGUAUGUCCAGAAGGCAUCCCAAACACCAGGCCUUCUGCUCAAGCCACAGACUCGCCCUCAGUCUCUACUAAUCACUACAGUUCUCCAACCUCCCACCAGCAUAUAGACUGGAAGACCUACAAAACUUACAAGGAGUACAUUGAUAAUAGGCGCAUGCACAUGUAUGGCUCCCGAACAAUACAGGAAAGGUUAGACAGCUUAAGGGCAGCUUCUCAGAGCACAGCUGAGUAUAAUCAGGUGGUGCCAAAUCGCACUGCUUCUCAGGUACGGCGCAGGAGCACCUCUCACGACAGGGUUCCGCAGUCGGUCCAGAUCCGGCAGAGAAGUGUAUCCCAGGAAAGGCUUGAGGAUCCCGUGUUGAUGAAAGAGUGGCCACGAAGUGCUUCACAAGAUACUCUAACCUCGCCUUCAGUCAAUGCUAGAAAUCACAGGGCUCGGUCAUGGGAUUAUCUUAGCAAACAGGGUGAAGUGCUAGAAAAUUUUCAUUCUGACAAUAUGAUUGCAGAUGCAAAUGGAGAUAGGAGAAAGACUUACAAAUGGACAGGGUUUACUGAACAAGAUGAUCGGCGAGGUAUUUAUGACAGAUCUAGACAACAUGCAUUUCAUAUGUCCCUUCGAGGUCAAAAUUUUCCUGUUGCUCCAAAUACUUAUAUUUCAGACAACAGGAGAACAGGUAGUAGAGCUUCUCUACCUGGUUCUCACUUUCAGAAAGCUUCACCAGAUAUUAAAGUGUUACAGCCUUCUCGUGAUUCGCAAACUCCUCUGGGAGUUUCAAAAUCUGCAGGUGUUUCACAAGAGAGGUUAUCUCUCACACCAGCCAGAAGUUCUAGAAGUAGCUCUCUGAAGAACUCAGCUCCCUAUGCAGCAAAACCUUCGAUUCCCCUUAACCAGGGCCUGGAUGCUAUUGCCAGCAAAGACCAAAGAACAGUAAAUCACUUGCAUCAAAGCAGUCCGUUAAACCAACAGUCAAGGAUCCGAGCUGAAGGUGCCCCAGAUCACAAAACAGAAACUGGUAAAACCAUCCAGCCCUCCUCUAUGGCUCCGGCUUCCGCCAAACUUGUUCAGCCAACAAGUGAGUGUUUAACUACCUCUGACAAUGUAGAUGGUUCCAUCAGACAAAAGAUUCCGGGCUUUGAAAGGGAAGAUGUUCGUGAGUCUGACAGUCUGCAAAUGGAUGUUCAGGGAAAUGACAAAGACGCAGUGGUCAUGCGGGACAAAUCACCUUCUGGCCACCAAACUCCCCAGCCUUUGAGGCAUCAGUCCUACAUUCUUGCUGUAAAUGACCAAGAGGCAGCCUCAGACACUACCUGUUGGUUACCUAAUGAUGCUCGAAGAGAAGUCCACAUAAAAAGAAUAGAGGAAAGGAAAGCAUCAAGUUCCAGCCCACCUGGUGACUCUUUGGCUUCAAUUCCGUUUAUUGAUGAACCGACUAGUCCUAGUAUUGACCAUGAUAUUGCACACAUUCCUGCUUCUGCUGUUAUUUCUGCAUCUGCUUCUCAAGCACCAGCUAUAGCAACUGUUCCUCCCAGUCCUACAUCUCCAAUCCCUUUAAUUCGGCGACAACUUUCACAUGAUCAUGAAUCCAUCCGGCCUGGUGUCCUGGAUAGCCAGCCUGCCACAAAAACUGAGAGAUCAAAGUCGUAUGAUGAAGGACUGGAUGACUACAGAGAAGAGGGAAAAUCAUCCAUUAAGCAUGUAUCUAGUUUAAAGGGGAUUAAGGUCCCAGACAGCCAGAAAUCUUCAGAAGACUCUGGUUCCCGAAAAGAUUCUUCUUCAGAGGUGUUUGGUGAUGCCUCCAAAGAAGGAUGGCUCCAUUUUCGUCAGCUUUUUACAGACAAAGGAAAGCGAGUUGGUGGGAGCAUUCGGCCAUGGAAGCAACUGUAUGUUGUUCUUCGAGGUCAUUCACUUUAUUUGUACAAGGAUAAAAAGGAGCAAGUGACCCUCUCUGAGGAAGAACAACCUAUAAGCAUCAAUGCUUGCUUGAUAGACAUCUCCUACUGUGAAACCAAGAGGAAAAACGUAUUUAGACUCACCACGUCAGACCGCGAGUAUUUGUUUCAAGCUGAGGACAGAGAUAAUAUGUUAGCGUGGAUUAAAGCAAUACAAGACAACAGCAACUUAAAUGACGAGGAUACUGGUGUUACUAGUAGAGAUCUAAUUAGUCGAAGGAUUAAAGAGUACAGUACAAUGAUGAGUUCUUCAAGCAGCAAAACAGAGCCAUCUCCCAAAACACCUCGCCAGAGUCUGAGCAUCAGACAGACUCUACUUGGAACUAAAGCAGAACAGAGGACUCAGAGUCCACACUCUCCUAAGGAUGAGACCGAAAGGAAGCUUCUCACUAAAGAUGAGACAAGCCCACCAAAAGACAAAGGGACAUGGAGAAAAGGCAUUCCAAGUAUUAUGAGGAAGACAUUUGAAAAGAAGCCUUCUGCUGUUGGAACAUUUGGUGUUAGACUAGAUGACUGCCCUCCAGCUCACACCAACAAAUAUAUUCCAUUGAUUGUUGAUAUAUGCUGCAAACUGGUUGAAGAAAGAGGUCUUGAGUACACAGGUAUUUACAGAGUGCCCGGAAAUAAUGCUGCCAUCUCAAGUAUGCAAGAAGAGCUCAACAAAGGAAUGACUGACAUUGAUGUUCAUGAUGAUAAAUGGCGUGACUUGAACGUGAUAAGCAGUUUGCUGAAAUCCUUCUUCCGAAAGCUCCCGGAGCCCCUCUUUACCAAUGACAAAUAUGCAGAUUUUAUAGAUGCCAAUAGAAAAGAAGAUCCUGUUGAACGUCUGAAAACACUGAAGAGACUGAUUCAUGAUUUACCUGAACACCAUUAUGAGACUCUGAAGUUUCUUUCUGCACAUCUGAAGACAGUAGCAGAGAACUCAGAGAAGAACAAGAUGGAACCAAGAAACCUGGCAAUAGUAUUUGGUCCAACACUUGUGAGGACAUCUGAUGAUAACAUGACACACAUGGUUACGCACAUGCCAGACCAAUAUAAAAUUGUAGAAACACUCAUCCAAAAACAUGACUGGUUUUUCACAGAAGAUGAUGCUGAAGAACCUCUUACAGCAGUUCAGGAGGAAAACACUGUAGAAUCUCAGCCAGUGCCAAACAUAGAUCAUUUACUCACCAACAUUGGAAGAACGGGAGUAUCUCCUGGAGACGUAUCAGAUUCAGCUACUAGUGACUCAGCAAAAUCUAAGGGUUCUUGGGGUUCUGGAAAGGAUCAGUAUAGCAAGGAACUGCUUGUGUCCUCCAUUUUUGCAGCAGCUAGUCGCAAGCGGAAAAAAACAAAAGAAAAACCACAACCAAGUAGCUCAGAGGAUGAGUUGGAUAAUGUGUUUUUCAAGAAGGAGCUUGCAGAACAAUCUCGUGGUGACACAGCAAAAGAGAAUACAGCUAAAGGGGAAUAUGAAAGAGAGAGAGAGAUAGGGAGAAAACAAAGGAUGUUUGUCCUGAAGGAAAAAGAGAACAGCAGUAAAAAAGAUGUGAAUGUUGUAAAGGAUGAAAAGAAGUCAUUAAAGAAAGAAAAUAUCCUGACAGAGGAACCUUCACUGCCUUACCAUGAAAAAUGUACAAAAUCAUCAAAUACCAACUGUCUGCAAACCGUGCAGAAGAAUAACCCAAAAAUGCCUAUUUCACAAUCUUCUUCCCAGGUUGAGGAGACAGUGUCUGAUUCUGGCACUAUGCUAAGCACUUCCUCCCAGGCUUCCCAGCACAGAUACUCAUGCAAAAAAGUAGCCAGCCCUGAAAUUAAACACAAUGAGUUUUUAGCAGCCGAUGUCAGCUCCAUCACCUCGGAUUACUCAACUACUUCAUCUACUAUGUAUCUGACUGGUUUAGAUGCCAGUAUGCUGAGCCCUGAGGUGCAGUCAGUGACAGAAAGCAAGGGAGAAGAUGCAGAUGAUGAAAGAAGUGAACUGAUCAGCGAAGGGCGCCCUAUGGAGACGGACAGUGAAAGUGACUUCCCUGUCUUUGCUACCAGCGCUGCUGCCGAAAGGCUGUCCAAAGGGAAAGUUCCAGAAGUGGUAAAGACCAGUCGGAGGAACUCUGAAGAAAGUGAAGUAAGUUGUACUGAGGGAAGUUCCACGCCAAAGUUAGAGAGUCGCAGACUUUUUAGCUCACACAAACUUAUAGAAUGUGAUACUCUCUCCAGGAGAAAGUCUGCACGGCACAAAACAGACAGUGAGGGGUCAGGGGAUGCGAAGAGUGAGAAGGACUUGCCCACUGUGACCAAAAUGUUUGACAUCAUGAAAAAAGGAAGAUCUACAAGCAGUUUAGCUACGUCUGCCAAAAGUGAGGCUGACAAACAAGAACCUACGUGGAGACUCAAGAUUACAGACAGGUUAAAGCUGCGACUCAAAUCAUCUGCUGAUGACAUGUUUGGAGUUGGGAAUCAGAAAGCUAACUCUGCAGAGACUGCAAAGAGAAAGAAUAUCAGGCGAAGGCACACACUUGGAGGGCAGAGGGAUUUUGCUGAAAUAAGUGUCCUGAAUGCUUGGAAAGCUCAAGAACCAAGUCAAAGUAGAGAGAGAGAAUCUGAGCUUUCAGCUGUGACUCGGUUGAAGCCAAAAUGUCCAGCCCAGGACCUCUCGAUCUCGGACUGGCUUGCACGAGAACGUUUACGCACUAGCACAACUGACCUUAAUACGGGUGAAACUGGAAAGCCCAGACUUGAGAACACUAACUUAGCAGAGGUAUCAAAGGUAGAACUGCCCUCAUCUGCAGAGAUGCAGGCAGAUGAAGGCAGCUCUUCCAGCAGCUUGACUUUAAUUAAUAGAACACCACCUUCGGGACCAUUUCAGCCACCAGACCAGGUAAAUGGUGAAAAUUAUCAGAACAUGAACAAAAACAACUUCAGCCCAGCAGUUGAUGCCCAUCCUCAUAAACUGUCUGGGACCCAAGUGGUUAGAUCUCGAUUUUACCAGUAUCUUUGAAAUGGGGAGAUAUGUCCACUGCAGCAAUUCAUUAACUUACUGUUACACUUCCCAGUAACUCUCUGUGUGCGUGUGUGUGUGUGCGUGUGUGUGUGUACAUAUAUAAUUUUUUUUUCCUGUACUGUUGUUGUUAUGCAGCCUUCAUUUGGGCUGGUUUCAUCAAUGUGCUCUGUGGAACGUCUUCACAGUGCAUUACCACAGCCAGAAGAACACUAAAGUUAAAGUAUAUAUAUAUAUUUUAAGAAAAAGUAUAUUUGAUGGCUGCAUACAAAUGUUGAACAAAGCAUCUGAUGCAACAUGCUGUGUAGUGUAUACAUGGUUUUCUGACUGAGAGUUGGCCGGCAUUAGUAUGCAGGAAAAUUGUUCUUUUGGUUUAGUCACUAACAAGUGCCUCAUUAUAAAUUCAUUUGGUUUGUUAGGGUGCCAUAUUGCUAAAUUAGAGAAACUUAUUACAAACAAAUGAAUGCAUUUUACUGUUAAUGAGUUUCAUUACAUUUUACAAAUGUUAACACAGGUGGCUACAGAGCUUCCAUUCCUUAGGCAUUCCAGUAAAUAUUGGAGUUUUAUAUUUCCAAUUUUAAUACAGAUUUUGAGUUUUAUGUGACUUGAAUUUCUAAUCUUUCUGUAAAAUAAGUAACUUAACUGUACAUAUUACAUGUGUAUCUUUUCUUCAGAUACCAGAUUUGAUAUAAAUGUUGUAACAUAGGCGUGUAGAUAGUGGAUACUGGAUGGAACUGGUUUCUUUUAUCGAGAAUAUAAUUCUGCAUGAAGACCUAAUGAAUCCAAACCUGUAUCAUGCCUGUGUGCAUACCCACUUAAACACUGGAAAUAAAAUUGUUUUGGUGACUCUU